GUUGAAACUACACAGAGCUCUUCCUCAGGUCUAGAAUGACAACACUGAAUCUGUUACCUAAUACCCAGAGGAACUGAGAUGAAUACAUGUGGUAUCAGUGGCCUUGCUCUCACUUUCACUGAAGAUGACAAAGGACUUGAUUUUUUGAAGUGCUGAGCACUCACUGAUCUUGAUGAAGACAAUGGGAACUGUGGUGCUCAGCAUCUUAAAAAGCAGGCCCAUCUUGGAUAAAAACUGCAAGUCUGCAUCUGUUUUGACAUUUGGGGGCUGAGAAAACUGGCUGUGAAAUACUUCCAGAUGGAUGAUUUUGAGGAUUCUAUUGCACAUGUAUUUAUUACUUAGAGCACCACAUAGUGAAUGCUCCUUAUUCCCACCUGUACCCUGCCUUCAUGCUGAGCUUCAUUUUAUCAGCACCACAAACAAUUAUAUUCAAGAGGCAUUUGAGAAAGAACGUGACCGGUGUCAUACGUGACUUACUCACCACAGGACAAAGUUUCUUCCAAAAUCAGAAUAGAUGACACAGAAACUGAAACCUACGUAAAAGUGAAGCCCAAAGGAAAUGUCAUGUGUAGUUUUUACCUCAGGACAAUCUGGUCAGCAAGACGCUUUAGAGGAAUAAUGUUAUCGAGCCUUGCAAGCAACAAUCUUACUUAGUUAGAUGAACACAAAGUAAACAAGAUACCGUGAAGAGCAAAAUAAUGCUGUACAAGAAAGCAAGGGGAUGCAAAGGAACAAGACAAGUAAAUGUUAAGUUUGCAGCUUCUCCAGUAUUUUUUAAUUGUUACCUAUCUAGGAAAUUUGACAAUAGCUGGAAAUUCCAUUGGUAACAUAAACUUCUCAUUAGAGUUCACAUCUGUGCUAAAUGAAAAUAAACAUGACGACAGACAGCUCUACCUAUUACAACGAUACCGAUGUUAAGCAUUACUAUACAAUUACAUACACUUUGAUUCUGAUCCCUGGAUUAAUAGGGAAUGUUUUAGCUCUGUGGGUCUUUUACGGCUACAUGAAAGAAACUAAAAGGGCUGUGAUAUUUAUGAUCAAUCUAGCCAUUGCUGACUUAGCACAAGUUUUAUCCCUGCCUCUAAGGAUUUUCUACUACUUGUCUGGAACAUGGCACUUCGGAGAUGGUCUCUGUAUAUUUUGUUUCUAUCUUAAGUAUGUAAAUAUGUAUGCAAGCAUCUACUUCUUGGUUUGCAUCAGUGUAAGACGAUUUUUGUUUCUUAUGUACCCCUUCAAGUUCAGUGACUGCAAACGUAUAUAUGAUGUGUACAUCAGUAUCGCCGGGUGGAUUGUAGUCUGCAUUGGCUGUUUGCCUUUUCCUCUUCUAAGAUUUAACUCUAGUGAGAUGAAUACCAGUGAUAGGUGCUUUGCAGAUCUUCCCAUAAAGGACAUUGACCUCUCCAACUCCAUUGUGAUGAUGACCAUAGGUGAGCUGAUUGGAUUUGUAACUCCUCUGCUGAUAAUUCUGUAUUGCUCAUGGAAGACUAUCCUAUCAUUAAAAGAAAAGAAUUCCAUUUCCCAUGACUUUGGAGAGAAAAAAAAGGCUUUAAAGAUGAUCCUCACUUGUGCUGUGGUAUUUCUGAUUUGCUUUGCACCUUAUCAUAUCAGUUUUCCUUUAGAUUUCCUUGUUAAAUCAAGAUGGAUACACAACCAACGUGCCCGAAAUGUGAUUUCAAUAUUUCAUGCAGUGGCUUUGUGUCUUGCCAGUUUGAAUUCCUGUGUAGAUCCAGUCAUAUACUACUUCACUACAGAUGAGUUCAGAAGACGACUUUCAAGACAAGAUUUGCAAGACAGCAUUCAGUUACACAACAGAGGUUAUGCGAAAAAGCAUUCCAGAACUGUGUAAUAAGGUAAAGUGGUGGAAUAUUAAUAUUGCACUUUCUGAAAUUAUUAAAAGGAUGUUCAACAUCAUAUUCAUGUGGCCCAGCGUAUUGGGGAAAAUUCUGAAACCCUUUCUCAGGCAAACAUCUGUUGAUUUCAAUGAGCAUUGGACUGAUUAAAAAACUGACAAAGGACUUGAGGAUUUGACCUUUUUCUUGCAAACUUUUUGUGAAUAUUGAAUUUAAGCAACAUGUCAUGUAUAUUAUAAAAAAAGAAUUGAUAUAGCGCCCAAUC